AUGGUGGUGUCGCGGCGGAGAAGAACUCAGGUGAUAAACCGUAGAUCAAUGGCGGAUGAUUCUGAUUCGGAAUUGGAUACGGUCUGCGAGGAAUGCAGCUCAGGGAAACAACCUGCGAAGCUGCUUCUUUGCGACAAAUGCGACAAAGGGUUUCAUCUGUUCUGUCUCAGACCGAUUCUCGUUUCGGUUCCUAAAGGCUCUUGGUUCUGCCCCUCGUGUUCUAAACACCAGAACCCUAAAGCUUUCCCUCUUGUUCAGACCAAACUCAUAGACUUCUUUCGGAUUAAACGGUCCUCAUCUUACAUCUCAUGUUCUCCUCCAGAUAAUAUUGGGAAGAAAAGGAAAAGGACUAGCUUGGUGAUGUCAAAGAAGAAGAGGAAGCUUCUUCCUUACAACCCAACCGUUGAUCCUCAAAGAAGACUCGAGCAAAUGGCCUCUCUCGCCACUGCGUUGAGAGCAUCCAAUACUGAGUUCAGCAACAAGCUUACUUAUGUACAUAGCAAGGCUCUAAGAUCUGCAAACAAAGCUGUCCUUGAGAAAGGAGGCAUGCAGGUUCUAUCUAAACAAGAUGCAGAGACAUUUGCCUUGUGCAAGAACAUGAUGGUUCGUGGUGAAUGUCCACCUCUUAUGGUCGUCUUUGAUCCUUAUGAAGGGUUCACAGUAGAGGCUGAUAGGUGUAUUAAAGACUUGACUAUAAUCACAGAGUAUGUUGGUGAUGUUGAUUAUCUGAGCAACAGAGACAAUAACUAUGAUGGAGACAGCAUGAUGACUCUCCUCCAUGCCUCUGAUCCUUCGCAAUGCCUCGUUAUUUGCCCUGACAAACGCAGUAACAUCGCACGUUUCAUCAGCGGCAUCAACAACCACACUCCAGAAGGGAGGAAGAAACAGAACCUGAAGUGUGUGAGGUUCAACAUCAACGGAGAAGCUAGGGUUCUUCUCGUAGCUAAUAGAGAUAUAUCUAAAGGGGAGCGAUUGUAUUAUGACUACAACGGAUAUGAACAUGAAUAUCCAACUGAAAAUUUUGUAUAACCUAAAAUUAUAUAUGUAAACUUGUUCAGCAAGAAACCAAAAUGGUCUCUAGUCUUCCCAUGAAUCAAGCCUUAUUUCAAGUAGUACCACAA